ACUCUUACUCAGUUCAGAACAGAAUCAUAGAACUUUACAUCUGGGAAAAAAAAAACUUGAAAGAUCAUGUGUUUCAAGCUCUUAAUCUUCCCCUGUUCCAUAUUCGUAUACUGAGUUUAAACAGGCAAAUGAUAUUUUCAGUUUCUAUGCUAAUUGAUAGCAUGGGUUAACCCAAAGUUUGGGAUUUUGACAUUUAGGCUUAGUGUCCUUUCUCCCAGGGUUGGACUUUUCACUCAAAAAGUUUCAGGUUGAUCAGGGCAUCUGGGAACUCAUUGUUUUUCAUUUCAGAGAGCCAACACCUGCCUCUCUGAUUCUCAGUUCAUUUAUAAAAUGCUAGGUCUUGGAUAGAUAAUUUCUAAGAUUAUCUUUUUGCUCCCACAAAUUAUAGCACAGAGUUCUUGCCUGUUUUUUUUUUUUUUUUUCCUUUGAUGUGGACAGUAUUCUUACCUCAGAUACAUAUGUUUUAAGUCUUUUAAACAGCCGCUUCUAUUUCAAGGUUAUGCUAACUAACAUUUAAAAUCCAGUUGAAAUGUCACUACUUGAGGGCUUGGGGUUGGGGUCACAGGUGCAUGUGCCACACGCAUACACCAAGAUAUCUCUGUCUAGGUCAGCAAGCGGGCUCCAGGAGGGUGGAGGAGGCAGAGGCUAAGCUGCUAAGGCUUUGAGGUUUGAUAAUAGAAGUCCUGCUCUGUUGUUUUCUUCCCUGGCAGCAUUUGAUUUGCCUCUUUCUAAUGCUUGUAAGUUGGCCAGGGGUGCCACUGCAGGUUGGGCUUGGGACUUGAUAGGAGAGCUGAUAAGAACUCUCUUCUUGCAACACUAAGUGAGAAGGCCCACCUUCCGUGACUCUACACAGACCGAUGGCUAGAUGGGCAUGUUCUUUCUUUUUCAGCCCCUUUCCUUUCUCAUGCCUCAUUUGGCUUGAUUCACUCUGAGUCCUGUUUGGUCUGGAAGUGGACUCCAGAGAGAGUGUGGCUUGGAGAAGAGAUCCCACAAUUUAGAGAAUAGUGGUUUGGGUUCUAUAGCCAUCUUUGUCCUGUGCAGCUGGAUACCUUUGGCCACAUCUUACCACCUCUCUUUGACCUCCACUGCAGGCUAUAUAGACAUAGGCGUCUUUUUCAUUUGAAUUCUUGUUGCAGUAAAUAACAUACACUUUAGCAAUGACGGUGUGCAUUGAUUUCACGAUCAUUAAUUUCUCUCUUUUAAUGGCAAAAAGAAAUCCUCAGUCUACUUUUAGUUUCCCAAGAGCAUGUAUAUUCAUGAUCCCGCUUCUCAUGAUUCCUACUAUUGCUUAGGUGGAUCAGCCCAGUAGCUUACAAAACAGAUUCAUUAUUUGAGGCAUGGGGGACAAAAGCAAAGGCUUUUGCAAUGAGAAUUGACCGUUGCUGUGAGCAUUUGGCUGCCGUCAACUGACUUCUUUUCUUGGUUCUGUCUGCAUUGUUCCCUUUUUUUCUAAGUUUGAUUCGGACUAACUUCCUGGCUGAAGUGGCUGCAGCAAUCUCUCACUCCUGGCCUUAACUCAGCAUCUCACAAAGGGCUCAGGUUUAUUCUCAAGAAAUAAUUUAUGCAGUAAAAGCAUGUGGCUGACAGAGGGUCCCGUGUAGGGAAACACUGUUUUGUUAUGCUAGUCUUUGGCUUCAACUAAAGCAAAGCAGAAUUAACCAUGGGACAAUGCUAAACAGCAGAGAUAACAGCAGAGGUCCCUGUGUGUAAUUAGUACAGCCUGAGUGUAUUCUCAUCUCAUGGGUUUAUAUGGGCAACACCAAGUUCUUAAUUCAGAAAGGGACUAAACUCCUAAGUGUGUUGGGUUAUUGCCUCUAAUCUCAGGAAAGGACACCAUAUGGCCUUGUAUUUGUAUGCUGUUGCCACGACAAUUCCUUCUGUUAGAAGUGAUUUUCUCCAAAAGUAUGUGAAGUUUAGCAACUGCAAUGGAAAAAGAAAAGUGCAAUAUGAGAGCAGUGAGCCAGCAGAUUUUAAGGUGGAUGAAGAUGGCAUUGUGUAUGCAGUGAGAAGCUUUCCACUCUCUUCUGAGCAUGCCAAGUUCCUGAUAUAUGCCCAGGACAAAGAGACCCAAGAAAAGUGGCAAGUGGCGGUAAAAUUGAGCCUCAAGCCAACCUUAACUGAGGAGUCAGUGAAGGAGUCACCAGAAGUUGAAGAAAUAGUAUUCCCAAGACAAUUGGGUAAGCACAGUGGCCACCUACAAAGGCAGAAAAGAGACUGGGUCAUCCCUCCAAUCAACUUGCCAGAAAACUCCAGGGGACCUUUUCCUCAAGAGCUUGUCAGGAUCAGGUCUGAUAGAGAUAAAAACCUUUCACUGCGGUACAGCGUAACUGGGCCAGGAGCUGACCAGCCUCCAACUGGUAUCUUCAUUAUCAACCCCAUCUCGGGUCAGCUGUCAGUGACAAAGCCCCUGGAUCGCGAGCAGAUAGCCCGGUUUCAUUUGAGGGCACAUGCAGUAGAUAUUAAUGGAAAUCAAGUGGAGAACCCCAUUGACAUUGUCAUCAAUGUUAUUGACAUGAAUGACAACAGACCUGAGUUCUUACACCAGGUUUGGAAUGGGACAGUUCCUGAGGGAUCAAAGCCUGGAACAUACGUGAUGACUGUAACAGCAAUCGAUGCUGAUGAUCCCAAUGCCCUCAAUGGGAUGUUAAGGUACAGAAUCCUGUCUCAGGCUCCAAGCACCCCUUCACCCAACAUGUUUACAAUCAACAAUGAGACCGGUGACAUUAUCACAGUGGCAGCUGGACUUGAUCGAGAAAAAGUGCAACAGUAUACGUUAAUCAUUCAAGCCACAGACAUGGAAGGCAAUCCCACAUAUGGCCUUUCAAACACAGCCACGGCCAUCAUCACAGUGACAGAUGUCAAUGACAAUCCUCCAGAGUUUACUGCCAUGACGUUUUAUGGUGAAGUCCCUGAGAACAGGGUAGACAUCAUAGUAGCCAAUCUGACUGUGACCGAUAAGGAUCAACCCCAUACACCAGCCUGGAAUGCAGUGUACAGAAUCAGUGGCGGAGACCCUACAGGACGGUUUGCCAUCCAGACCGACCCAAACAGCAACGACGGAUUAGUCACCGUGGUCAAACCAAUCGACUUUGAAACAAACAGGAUGUUUGUCCUUACUGUAGCUGCAGAAAAUCAAGUGCCAUUAGCCAAGGGAAUUCAGCACCCACCUCAGUCAACAGCAACCGUGUCUGUUACAGUUAUUGAUGUAAAUGAAAACCCUUAUUUUGCCCCAAAUCCUAAGAUCAUUCGCCAAGAAGAGGGGCUUCAUGCCGGUACCAUGUUGACAACAUUCACUGCUCAGGACCCAGAUCGAUAUAUGCAGCAAAAUAUUAGAUACACUAAAUUAUCUGAUCCUGCCAAUUGGCUAAAAAUAGAUCCUGUGAAUGGACAAAUAACUACAAUUGCUAUUUUGGACCGAGAAUCACCAAAUGUGAAAAACAAUAUAUAUAAUGCUACUUUCCUUGCUUCUGACAAUGGAAUUCCUCCUAUGAGUGGAACAGGAACGCUGCAGAUCUAUUUACUUGAUAUUAAUGACAAUGCCCCUCAAGUGUUACCUCAAGAGGCAGAGACUUGCGAAACUCCAGACCCCAAUUCAAUUAACAUUACAGCACUUGAUUAUGACAUUGAUCCAAAUGCUGGACCAUUCGCUUUUGAUCUUCCUUUAUCUCCAGUGAAUAUUAAGAAAAAUUGGACCAUCACUCGGCUUAAUGGUGAUUUUGCUCAGCUUAAUUUAAAGAUAAAGUUUCUUGAAGCUGGUAUCUAUGAAGUUCCCAUCAUAAUCACAGAUUCGGGUAAUCCUCCCAAAUCAAAUAUUUCCAUCUUGCGCGUGAAGGUUUGCCAGUGUGACUCCAACGGGGACUGCACAGAUGUGGACAGGAUUGUGGGUGCAGGGCUUGGCACCGGUGCCAUCAUUGCCAUCCUGCUCUGCAUCAUCAUCCUGCUUAUCCUUGUGCUGAUGUUUGUGGUAUGGAUGAAACGCCGGGACAAAGAACGCCAGGCCAAACAGCUCUUAAUUGAUCCAGAAGAUGAUGUAAGAGAUAAUAUUUUAAAAUACGAUGAAGAAGGUGGAGGAGAAGAAGACCAGGACUACGACUUGAGCCAGCUGCAGCAGCCUGACACCGUGGAGCCUGAUGCCAUCAAGCCUGUGGGAAUCCGACGAAUGGAUGAAAGACCCAUCCAUGCCGAGCCCCAGUAUCCGGUCCGCUCUGCAGCCCCACACCCUGGAGACAUUGGGGACUUCAUUAAUGAGGGCCUUAAAGCUGCUGACAAUGACCCCACAGCUCCACCAUAUGACUCCCUGUUAGUGUUUGACUAUGAAGGCAGUGGCUCCACUGCUGGGUCCUUGAGCUCCCUUAAUUCCUCAAGUAGUGGUGGUGAGCAGGACUAUGAUUACCUGAACGACUGGGGGCCACGGUUCAAGAAACUUGCUGACAUGUAUGGUGGAGGUGAUGACUGAACUUCAGGGUGAACUUGGUUUUUGGACAAGUACAAACAAUUUCAACUGAUAUUCCCAAAAAGCAUACAGAAGCUAGGCUUUAACUUUGUAGUCUACUAGCACAGUGCUUGCUGGAGGCUUUGGCAUAGGCUGCAAACCAAUUUGGGCUCAGAGGGAAUAUCAGUGAUCCAUACUGUUUGGAAAAACACUGAGCUCAGUUACACUUGAAUUUUACAGUACAGAAGCACUGGGAUUUUAUGUGCCUUUUUGUACCUUUUUCAGAUUGGAAUUAGUUUUAUGUUUAAGGCUUUAAUGGUACUGAUUUCUGAAAUGAUAAGUAAAAGACAAAAUAUUUUGUGGUGGGAGCAGUAAGUUAAACCAUGAUAUGCUUCAACACGCUUUUGUUACAUUGCAUUUGCUUUUAUUAAAAUACAAAAUUAAAAAAAAACUCAUGGAGCGAUUUUAUUAUCUUGGGGGAUGAGACCAUGAGAUUGGAAAAUGUACAUUACUUCUAGUAUUAGACUUUAGUUUUGUUUUUGUUUUUGUUUUUUUUCACUAAAAUCUUAAAACUUACUCAGCUGGUUGCAAAUAAAGGGAGUUUUCAUAUCACCAAUUUGUAGCAAAAUUGAAUUUUUUCAUAAACUAGAAUGUUAGACACAUUUUGGUCUUAAUCCAUGUACACUUUUUUAUUUCUGUAUUUUUCCACUUCACUGUAAAAAUGGUAUGUGUACAUAAUGUUUUAUUGGCAUAGUCUAUGGAGAAGUGCAGAAACUUCAGAACAUGUGUAUGUAUUAUUUGGACUAUGGAUUCAGGUUUUUUGCAUGUUUAUAUCUUUCGUUAUGGAUAAAGUAAAGUAUUUACAAAACAAAGUGACAUUUGAUUCAAUUGUUGAGCUGUAGUUAGAAUACUCGAUUUUUAAUUUUUUAAUUUUUUUUAUUUUUUAUUUUCUUUUUUGUUUGGGGAGGGAGAAAAGUUCUUAGCACAAAUGUUUUACAUAAUUUGUACCAAAAAAAAAAAAAAAAAAAAAAAAAAAAAAAAAAAAAAAAAAAAAAGAAGGGGUGGCCUGAAACUGGUGGCACUACUGUGUGUUUUUUUUUUUUUUUAAAAUGAGGAAAAGAAAAGCUUUUAAACUGGAGAGACUUCUGACAACAGCUUUGCCUCUGUAUUGUGUACCAGAAUAUAAAUGAUACACCUCUGACCCCAGCGUUCUGAAUAAAAUGCUAAUUUUGGAUCUGG